GUGAGUGAGGGAAGGCAAAAAGUAAAGGGGGAAAACUGUGUGGGUGAGAGAGAGAGAGAGAGAGUGCAGAGAGCCGAUCAGACACGUUUAAAGGGUGGGCAAUAGACAGAGUCGAGUGGAACCAGACAGAGACGCGAGAAUGUCUCGCCGGCUGCGUCUCUACUUUGGGUCCAACCGCAGCAACACAGCUCCAGAGUUACAGGAAGUCGAGGAUGAAGACCAGAAUACACAUCACACAGAAUACGAUGUCGCUGGAUCGGGAGACAUGCUUUUCCAAAUGCGUCUGCAGAACCCGUCGCUUGAGGAGGACGCUCCUGUUUCUGGUGCUUUCUUAAAACGAAGCUCCUCCAUGUUUAUCCCGCAGCUCCAGAGCCAAACCGAAGCGCCAAGGCCCACCAAGAGCACGUCCAUGCAGAUCUCCCUCCAGCGCUCGUCUACACCCCAGGAAGAUGUACAGUCCAUGGAUUCACCACCAGGAUACCCCCAGGAUCCAGCUCCGGCAUACACUGAGCCUGCAGAGGACUGGUUAUCUUCUCAAUCUGCGUUUUAUCGCAGAAGAGAAAGUCAAACCACUCUGAUCACGGAUCAGACUAACCCAGGAACGGAUCCUGCCCAGCCCAAGAGGCGAGUUUUCUGCGUCAGGCCACAGGAUUUACAGAACGGGCUCUCUCCUUCGGGAAUCGUCAACGAAGGUUCUCCAGGAAUCAGCAUCGGUGGGUUUUGUAUCCAGCGAAGUGCCACCAAUGGAUCUGAUGUCCAGCAGUUCAGAAUAGUUCCGUACAGCCAGGAUGGGCAAAACGGUGCCUGCCGUUGGUCUGUUCAGCCAACCACAGAUGGAAAUUCUGGUACUCGGAGACUCGUCUUCCAGCUCCAACAGGACAGAGGAAGAACCGUGGCUACAAAUGGCCAGAGAGAGGCGUCUGAGCUUGGCUGUAAAGGUGGCCGUGCGGUACGUUACCCUCGAAUCCGACUCGAGAGGAGCACCUCUCAGCCCUUACAACCUAGACAAGUACCAUCGCGCCCUGGAUCUAUGCCUAACCUUCAUGCCCCCAUCUCUGAGAACGAAGUCGAUGAGGACGGAGCUCAAGGCUGCACCUUUAAGAUCAGGAAAGAGCAGGAUCCGAGGCAGGCCAAGUUCAAGAUAUGUUUCAGCCAAGGAGGCAGCCACAGGUCUAACUCGACACAGGAUAUUAGCUUUGGAAAAGGACCUACCUGGAACGACCCGAAGACUAGAGAUGACUUCCUGGGACAGGUGGAUGUGCCUCUGAAUUACUUGCCGACAGAGGAUCCGGCGAUGGAGCGGCCAUACACAUUUAAAGACUUCCUCCUCAGGCCAAGAAGUCAUAAGUCAAGGGUGAAAGGUUAUCUGAGGCUGAAGAUGGCGUACCUGCCGAAGAACGGUGCUCAGGAGGAAGAGAGUGGCGAGAUGAGGGAGGAGGCUGAGGGUUGGGAGGUGGACUCGGUAGAUCACGGCGGUUCUCGUCAUUCUCAGCAGGUCCUUCCUCCAUUGCCGGCAGGUUGGGAAGAGAAAGUGGAUAAUCUCGGCCGGACGUAUUACGUUAAUCACAACAACCGAACCACGCAGUGGAAAAGACCCAGCACAGUUGACAUGGUAUCCGAGACGGAAAGCGAUAAUCACCUGCGUCAGAUCAACCAGGAAGCGCACAGAGUGUUUCGUUCCAGACGUCAUAUCAGCGAGGACCUGGAGAACGAACACCUCGACCCCCGAGACCUUGAUGAUCCCCUCCCCUCCCAGUCCUGGGACCCUAUCACAGAAGAGGAUUUCUCAGGGAUGAGUGAGGCUGUGGCUGGCCCCGCCCCCGCCCCCUCUGCCACACCCAUUCAUCAGUUCAGCACUCCAGAGUUUUCAGAGGAGAUCACCAUGAGGCUGUCACUCACGCCUAACACCAACGGAGAAAUGAGUGGAGCGAACAACACCGGGUCUCUCCUGUCAUCCAGGUUGCGUUCCUCCAGUAUGACUGAUGGAGUGAGUGAUCAGGCUCAGACUCCCUCGCCUAUGACGUCGCAGUCCAGACGAACCCGAGCCCAAACGGUCACAGGCCUAGAGCAGCCCAUGUCCCUGCCCUCAGGUUGGGAGGAGAGAAAAGACACCAAGGGCCGAACUUAUUACGUCAACCACAACAACCGCAGCACGACGUGGACACGCCCUAUUCUCCAGCACACUGAGGAUGGAGUGAGUUCUCCUGCAGGAGCUGUAGGAGGUGCUGUAGCUACUACACCUUCGUCCAGCGGCCAUCUUAGUGAACCCCAAAUACGCCGACCUCGUAGCCUUAGUUCCCCCACAGUCACCCUGUCCACUCCUCCAGAGGGAGCCAAUAGCGUGCCGCAUCCUCGGGCGGUGAAGGACACACUCUCGAACCCGCAGUCCCCUCAGCCUUCGCCUUACAGCUCGCCCAAAUCCCAACACAAGGUCACUCAGAGCUUCCUGCCCCCGGGGUGGGAGAUGAGGAUCGCCCCCAACGGACGACCGUUUUUCAUCGACCACAAUAGCAGGACGACCACAUGGGAGGAUCCACGUUUAAAGUACCCCGUUCACAUGAGGGUUAAAGGAGCGCUGGACCCCGGCGACCUCGGCCCACUUCCUCCGGGAUGGGAGGAGCGAGUCCACGCAGAUGGAAGAACGUUCUACAUCGACCACAACACAAAGAACACACAGUGGGAAGACCCUCGACUACAGAGUCCCGCUAUUACAGGACCGGCCGUGCCAUACUCGCGAGAGUUUAAACAGAAGUAUGAUUACUUCAGGAAGAAGUUAAAGAAGCCAGCGGACAUUCCUAACCGUUUCGAGAUGAAGCUGCACAGAGGCAGUAUAUUCGAGGAGUCCUACAGGCGGAUCAUGUCUCUGAAGAGGCCGGACGUUCUGAAGUCCCGCCUCUGGAUUGAGUUUGAGUCGGAGAAAGGGCUGGACUACGGGGGCGUGGCCAGGGAGUGGUUCUUCCUUAUAUCUAAGGAGAUGUUCAACCCUUAUUAUGGGCUGUUUGAGUACUCUGCUACAGAUAACUACACACUCCAGAUUAAUUCAAACUCAGGGUUGUGUAACGAGGAUCAUCUCUCGUACUUCAAGUUCAUCGGGCGUGUAGCGGGCAUGGCGGUGUAUCACGGCAAGCUGCUGGACGGUUUCUUCAUCCGACCUUUUUAUAAGAUGAUGCUGGGAAAACCCAUCACAUUGAAUGACAUGGAGUCAGUGGACAGUGAAUACUACAACUCACUGAAGUGGAUUUUGGAGAACGACCCGACGGAGCUCGACCUGCGCUUCUGUAUCGAUGAGGACAACUUCGGGCAGACAUACCAAGUGGAUCUGAAGCCGAGCGGGUCUGAUCUGGUCGUCACCAACGACAACAAGAAGGAGUAUAUCGAUUUGGUGAUACAGUGGCGGUUUGUGAACAGGGUACAGAAACAGAUGAACGCCUUUAUGGAGGGAUUCACAGAACUGAUUCUAAUCGACUUAAUUAAGAUCUUCGAUGAGAACGAGUUGGAGUUGCUGAUGUGUGGUCUGGGUGAUGUGGACGUUAACGACUGGAGACAACACACCGUGUAUAAAAACGGCUACUGUCCAAAUCACCCCGUCAUCCAGUGGUUCUGGAAGGCCGUGUUGUUGAUGGAUGCUGAGAAGAGGAUUCGGCUGCUGCAGUUCGUCACAGGAACGUCUAGAGUUCCUAUGAAUGGCUUCGCUGAGCUCUAUGGUUCAAACGGGCCGCAGUUGUUUACCAUCGAGCAGUGGGGGACCCCAGACAAACUCCCCCGUGCACACACAUGUUUUAACCGUUUGGAUCUGCCGGCUUAUGAGACGUUCGAUGAUCUGAGGGAGAAGCUGCUGAUGGCUGUGGAGAACGCACAGGGCUUUGAGGGAGUCGACUAGAGACACACACACACACACACACACACACACACAGUCGAAUCUGAGGCCUGGAGCCUUUUAUCAGUUUUGUGUGCGUGAACACAUUGAGACUGAACUGAGACUUUACGCUACACUACAGCACAGUCCUUUAACUCUCUUUCUCACUCUCUCUCUCUCUCUAUCUCGUUCCCUCGUCCUCUCACUCUUUCUCUCUGGGGUGCUUUUACUCAUCUCUCUUUUCAGUCUUUAUUUCUCUUUAACUCUCCUGUCUUUUUCAAUCCCUCCAUCUUUCUUGCUCUCAGACGAUUGAUCCCCCCCCCCCCCCCCCCCCCCCUUCUACACCGGUUCACAAAGGAUUGAGUAGUGAAGGUGCAGUAAUUGGUAAACCCACAUCAGGUCUUAUAAACACCAGAUUACCUUAGACGAAGAAGAGCGACGAAGAGCCACUCCUCCUCUUCCUCCUCCUCUUCUUUCUCACACCUACUUCGCUCUUCUCUUCUUCCACGCUGGGGAUAUUUUUUUAAAUCUUUCUUUUCUUUUCUUUUCAAAACUCGGAAGUAAUCAUCAUUUUUAGAUUUUUAUCAGUUAUUAUCCGGAUGAUCUUAUCACGUUGCCGUUUGUAUCGAUAAUGUACGUGGUUUACAAUUUUAGGUUAAAAAAACAACAAAAAAAAACAAAUAAAGAGAUGAAUGAAUACUGCAUGGUGAGCUGGCCGGGCUGUAAUGGGAUUACGGCCGACUCCCUGAUCAGUGUGUUAGUGCUGAGGAAACUGGCAUGAACAUUCGUGUAUGUCGUGUUAUGGAUAUGAUUACGUAGUAAUUAAUGCUGUUUUCCUGCUCCCCUGGAACUGCCGGGGAAAACUGAGACGCCGUGUAAACGACGUUUUUCUUCACAAGUGUAUUAUUAAUAUUCUUACAAUUGUUAUGCUGUUUGUAAAUUUUUUUGAGGAUUGAGGAAGGAAAAAAACAAGCAAACAAACAUUUAACUGAGUCACUGUAUGUAUUAAAGCUUCUGUAAGUAUUAACAGCAUGAAUGAAGAUGUGAACGUUCUGACUGCUGCAGAUUUUUAGUACUUAAACUCCUCGUUUCGUUCUGUCACGUUUCUUUUUAUCCCCCCCCCCCCAACACCCCCCCCCCCUUUUUUUUUAUUAUUUAUGUCCAUUCUAACAUCACUAAAAGCUGUAAGGGCACUUUAUCAGUCACUCGCGAGCCUCGUGGGUCGACAUUUUUUUUCUCUUUUAUUAAUAUUAACUUGAAUGUGACUUUGCUAUAAUAUCAAUGAUAUCUUUUCUGUUUCGAGCACACAAACGACACGGUGCAAUACUCUCGUCUGCUUUCUGUCUGACGCUCACCCUGGCCUCACAAACAUCUGAUCCGGGGUCAGUUUUGCCCCCAGAGUUGUAAUGACAUGGAUCAGGACUGUAAAAAAGGGUCGUUGUGGAGCAGGUUCUCUGAAUCAAUUUCUUGGAAUUCGAUUCUCUGGUUUAGAUUCUCUGAAUCAAUUUUUCAGAAUCAGAUUCUCUGAAUCAAUUUCUCAGAAUUAGACUCUCUGAAUCAGAUUCUCUGAAUCAAUGUCACGGAAUUAGACUUUCUGAAUCAGAUUCUCGGGAUCAUUUUCUUUAAAGCAAGGUCUCUGAAUCACUUUCUCUGAUUCGGAUUCUCCGAAUCAAGUUCUUGGAAUUUGAUUCUCUGGUUUAGAUUCUCUGAAUCAAUUUUUCAGAAUCAGAUACUCUGAAUCAAUUUCUCUGAAUUAGAUUCUCUGAAUCAAUUUUUCUGAAUUAGAUUCUCUGAAAUAGAUUCUCUGAAUCGCUUUAUCUGAGCCUUUUAUUUCUCUUAGUUGGUUUCUACACUUUCUCUCUUCUGCCGGUCACAGCGUGGUUCAGCCGAUUUUUCUGAUCUACUCUGAUGUUAUUGUUAUCUUUCUUUCUUUUCUCUCUGUCUCUUUUGUAGAGCCUGUUGUUUUUGUAUCGAUGGGGAAUGUUCACCCUUGCGAUUCGUAUAAUUGGUUCAAAUUAAAACUGAGGAAUGAAACUCUUA